UAUGUGGCUCUUUAAGUAGUAGGCUCCUAAGUGCUAAGCCGAUUUGAAGAUAAGAUGAGCAGCGUAUCCAGUCCUCAGCACACGAAGGACGUUGCGUGGGGGAGUGAAGCCAAAUGUAUAAGUUCUCUUUACAGCAAUUUAAGUAAAGGCUUCCGUUGGCAUAAUUCGAAUUCUUAUUUCACUGACACCCCGGGGCGAUUAUGUUUUUCGUUCUCGCGUUUUAUUUAUGAUGUAUGUUGUUUUGUGUGCAGCGUCACUCAAGUUUUACACGUGAAUGACAGGCUUCCAGUUAUGGAGCCAAUAACCAGACCGCUUCGAGAGCCUGCAAGAGAAACCAGCUCCACCCCGAGUCCCAAACGGGAUGCGCCGGGCCUCUCCGGCCCACUCAAACCGAAUCAAGUGAGCGAGACCUCCUUGUACGGGGUGCCCAUCGUCUCCCUCGUCAUCGACGGGAGGGAAAGACUAUGCCUGGCCCAGAUCUCCAACACCCUGCUGAAGAACUACAGCUACAAUGAAAUCCACAACCGCAGAGUGGCAUUGGGCAUCACCUGUGUGCAGUGCACCCCCGUGCAGCUGGAACUCCUGCGACGCGCCGGCGCCAUGCCCAUCUCGUCCAGACGCUGCGGCAUGAUCACCAAGCGGGAGGCCGAGCGGCUCUGCAAGUCCUUUCUGGGGGCGCACAGCCCCCCAAAGCUGCCCGAGAAUUUCGCCUUCGACGUGUCCCACGAGUGUGCGUGGGGCUGUCGAGGCAGCUUCAUCCCGGCCCGAUACAACAGCUCCCGGGCCAAGUGCAUCAAAUGCACCUUUUGCAACAUGUAUUUCUCUCCGAAUAAAUUCAUUUUCCACUCGCAUCGCACCCCAGAGUCCAAGUACCUGCAACCGGACGCGGCCAAUUUCAACUCGUGGAGGCGCCACCUGAAGCUGACGGAGAAGAAGCCCUCGGACGACAUCAACCACGCGUGGGAGGAUGUCAAAGCCAUGUUCAACGGGGGCAGCAGAAAGAGGACGCUUCCAAUGGGGAGCUCGAGGGAGCAGUCGCCCAUGAAAGCGCAAACUUCCUCCGCGCUCGGCCGCACCGCGUCCCCGGAAGUCCCGCGCAAAAGUUUACGGUGCGACGAGGAGCAGGGGAAUAAUAACAUCACUUUGACGAGCAGCGCGAGGAGCUACCCACUCAUCCCGGUUCCCAGUAAAAACUUUGGCAUGCUCCAAAAAAUCCCCCCACCCCUCUUCCCACCCCACCCGUAUAGUUUUGCCAGCUACGGCUUGUGCCCGAAAAAAAGUGAAGGCGUGCCAGAUGUGACUAAGAGCAACGUCCCCGGUGUGUUUUGGCCCGCUACCAAGGACGCCCUUUACCCCGCUUUCCCCGUAUUUUGGCCCACGGCGAGCAGCCUCCACGUGCCGCCCUACCCGGCCAAACCUCCAGAGCUGCGCGGGGUCCGCCAGGCCGACCUCGACUUAUCAGACCAAAGCGAAAGGAGUGCGACCACCCCCAAAGACGGCAAUCAGCACCAGCAGCAGCUUGCGGGAGAGCGAUCUCCCAGUUCAUCCAGCAACUGCAGGAACAACGACGACAGGUCCGAGGACGAGACCACCUCACACCGGAAAAUCAGCUACAUCUCCGCCUUCAGACCCGUCGUCAAAGACGCGGAGAGCAUCGCCAAGUUGUACGGGACCCGAGAGGGCUUCGGUGUGAGGCCCGGCUACCUCUCCCCGGACUUUGUCAGCGAGACGUCCAGCUAUAGGUCCAUGUCCCCGGACAGAGAUACCGUGGAAGACGACGACGACGACGACCCCGACGUGGACGUGGAAUCCAACAGGGGGGGAGAGGAUGAAGAGCCGAUCCGGACAUCGCCGAGAGGGAGCCGCCGUGAGUCUCCCGCGCCGCAGGCGCUCGAAGAAAGCCAGGAGAAGAUUACACCUCGCAGCCCCGCUACAGCAUCACCCGAGGACUCGGCGCACACCGGAUCGUCCGACGAGGGCAGGCUCACCCGGGACGCAUCGCCUAUUCAUCAUGUGCAUGCGCAGCAAAAGAACUGCCAAGUGCAAGUGGACGAGACGUUCGAUUCGCCGAGCAGCCCCGGCAGAUCAAACGGAGUUCAUCACUAUCAACAAAACCUAACAUCCAAUCAGGACCAAAAGGACAGACAAGCUGAAGGAGCUCUACGCAUUGACAUUAGCGUGCAUGAAAGAAAUCUGGAGAACAUGGCAAAAGAGGAGUUGCAGAAGCAGCUAGUGGAGCAGAUGGAGUUGAGGAAAAAGCUGGAGAGAGAAUUUCAACAUUUGAAAGAUAAUUUUCAGGAUCAAAUGAAGCGUGAGCUGUCCUACAGAGAGGAAAUGGUCCAGCAGCUGCAGAUUGUUCGAGAAGCUCACGACGCCCUUCAUCAUUUCUCCUGCAAGAUGUUGACCCCACGCCAGUGUACUGGAGCCUGCACCUUCAAACCCCCUCUGCUGCCACCCUAAAUUCCAGCACCACCACUUUACCCGUACGCACAGUCACUCAGUUACGCACACACACGCACCAACACUAGAGAUACACUGGUGAUUCUAGCACAUGAGUGAACACACUGACACUCAGAGAAAGCAGCAUUUAUUUCACCACUAUUUUUUGUUGAAACUCCAAUGAUCGGAUAGGAACGCUCAUAUCAAGAAUCCACCUGCUCUUAUUUAAAUCGUCUGAAAAUGGAGGCGGGGGGAAGGGGAGAAGCACUAAAUACACUAUAAACCAUGUGACAAUGUGCAAUUGCAUGUAUAAUUGAGAAAAAAAUUAAAAACUGGCAUACUUUAGCUUUUUGUUGCUUGUUUAAAUAACUUCAGUUGUAUAUUCAUCUUCUUUUCUUUUCCAGAUUAUUUGUACCACCGUAUGUGUCGUAAAGCACUUUAAAUGGG